AUGUAUGCAUAUUCGCCAACCACUGAAUUAACUGUUCCAAUGCAGCUGUCCCUGGGAGAACACAAUUUCAGCAUCAUCUAUAAUGUGAUAAUUCUCGUAAGCUCAUCUCUUAAUGAUCGGGACCAGAGCCUUUUCCUGAGCACCGACGAGGGGGCCACGUUUCAGAAACAGCUCAUCACAUUCUUUGUCGAAACUCUGAUUUUCCAUCCCAAAGAGGAGGAUAAAGUGGUUGCCUACACUAAGGAGAGCAAGGUCUACUUAUCAACUGACCUGGGAAAGAAAUGGACCCUUCUUCAAGAGCGAGUGACCAAAGACCAUGUUUUCUGGGCUGUGGCUGGAGUAGAUGGGGAGCCAGAUUUGGUUCAUAUGGAAAUCCAGGAUCUCAGUGGAGGUUUCCGCUAUGUCACCUGUCAGUCUCAGAAUUGCUCUGAUAGAACACCCACGAUUCCAUUUGCGAGCAGCAUUGACCACAAUUCCCUGACUGUGCAGGACGACUACAUAUUCUUUAAGGCAACAACAGCAAAUCGGACUAAAUACUACGUAUCUUAUCGACGCAAUGAAUUUGUUCUGAUGAAGUUACCCAAGUAUGCACUGCCCAAGGACUUGCAGAUUAUCAGCACUGAUGAAAAUGAGGUAUUUGUGGCUGUCCAAGAAUGGUACCAAACAGACACAUACAACCUUUACCAGUCAGACCCACAGGGGGUAUACUAUUCAAUUGUGCUUGAGAACGUAAGGAGCACGAAGCAACCAGAAGAGAAUGUCCUGAUCGAUAUCCUGGAGGUCAGAGGUGUAAAAGGAGUCUUCCUGGCCAACCAAAAGAUUGAUGGAAAGGUCACAACACUGAUAACUUACAACAAAGGCCGAGACUGGGAUUAUCUGACUCCCCCUGCCACUGAUAUGAACGGCAAACCCACCAGCUGCAAACCCCCUGACUGCCAUCUUCACCUCCACCUCCGAUGGGCAGACAAUCCAUAUGUGUCAGGCACUGUGCAUACCAAGGACACAGCACCUGGUCUAAUCAUGGGAGCAGGUAACCUGGGCUCUCAGCUGGUAGAAUACAAGGAAGAAAUGUACAUCACAUCUGACUGUGGAAAUACUUGGCGUCAGGUCUUCGAAGAGGAACACCACAUUCUGUACCUGGAUCAUGGUGGAGUGAUUGUGGCUAUCAAAGACACAUCCAUCCCCCUGAAAAUACUCAAGUUCAGCAUUGAUGAAGGUCAUACCUGGAGCACACACAAUUUCACCAGCACUUCGGUAUUCGUGGAUGGACUGCUAAGUGAGCCAGGGGAUGAGACUCUGGUGAUGACGGUCUUUGGUCACAUAAGUUUCCGUUCAGAUUGGGAGCUGGUGAAAGUGGACUUCAGACCCUCUUUUCCCAGACAAUGCACUGAGGAUGAUUAUGACUACUGGAAUCUCACCAACUUACAGGGCAAUCGUUGCAUCAUGGGCCAACAGAGGAGUUUCCGGAAGAGAAAGACCACAUCAUGGUGUAUCAAGGGGCAGAGCUUCACAUCAGUGCUCACAUCCAGUGUGUGCAAGUGUUCAAGCUCAGAUUUCUUUUGUGAUUACGGCUUUGAACGAUCAGCACCUUCAAAAUCAGAAGCCAAAAAGUGUUUUGCAAACUUCUGGUUUAAUCCUGACUUGCCUCCUGAAGAUUGUGUGUUGGGGCAGGCAUACACUAGCAGCCCAGGGUACCGGAAAGUGGUGUCUAAUGUCUGUGAAGGUGGUGUGGACCUGCAGCGGUAUGUGUUCCAGCAUCAGUGUCCCCUGACAGCCCCCAGAGGAUUGCAAGUCAGCAUCAAAGGAGAGACAGUCGCUGUGAAGCCCGGAGAGGACGUCACGUUUGUGGUCAGACAGGAGCAGGGGGAUGUUCUCAAUACAAAGUACCUGGUAGACCUUGGUGAUGGCUUUAAGGCUGUCUAUGUGAACCUCACUGUGACAGGGGAACUUAUUCGGCACCGCUAUGAGAACCCAGGAAUUUACCGUGUCUUUGUCAAAGCAGAGAACGCUGCUGGGCAUGAGGAAGCUGUGUUGUUUGUGCAAGUGAAUUCUCCUCUGCGGGCCUUACACCUCGAAGUGGUUCCUGUUAUUGGAGUGAACCAGGAAGUCAACCUCACUGCCAUUCUGCUGCCCCAGAACCCCAACCUAACAGUCUUCUACUGGUGGAUAGGAAACAAUUUACAGCCCCUUCUCUCUCUGGAUAAUUUUCUUGUCACACGAUUUUCAGAAACAGGUGAAGUCCGAGUGACCGUGCAAGCCUCCUGUGGGAAUUCCAUGCUUCAGGACUCCAAAGUCAUCAGGGUUUUAGAUCAAUUUCAAGUUCUGCCCCUGAAGUUUACCAAGCACUUGGAUAUGUACAAUCCUAACAUCCCUGAAUGGAGAGAAGACAUUGGCCUGGUAGUCACCCGCCUCCUUUCUGAGGAAACGAAUAUCCCUGAAGAGUCUCUGCUAACUGUGGUGAAGCCAGGCCUGCCCACAACUGCUGACUUGCAUGUGCUUCUGCCAUCACCUAAACCAAAGAGGAAGAGGAGCAUACCAAGUGAUAAGAGGAUCAUGGCCAUUAAGCAAGCCCUGAAUGCCCACAACAUCAGCUUUUUCCUAAGAGGAGGAUUCUGGGUACUUGUAACACUACGUGACACAGAUUCAGAUUCUCAAAGGAUUGGAGGAGGUGGUGGAUAUUGGGCCCUCAUCGUGCUUUUCCUUAUUUGCCUCUUUGCAGUGGGAGCAUUCAUCCUCUACAAAUUUAAAAGGAAACUACCCGGCAGAACUGUCUAUGCCCAGAUGCACAACGAAAAGGAACAGGAGAUGACCAGCCCAGUCAACCACAGCGAGGACACACAGAACGUCAUCCAGGGUAAUCACUCAGGCGUGGUUCUGAGCAUCAACUCUCGAGAGAUGCACAGCUAUCUGGUUAGCUGAUGUUUGCAGUUGGACACAAACAUGGAAGACUCUUCUCUGUCUUGUUUUGUUUCCCCCUCCCCCCCCCUUCAUCCCCUACCGUGGGGAGGUCACAGAAUGGCAAGCAUGGCUAUAACUGAUGUUGGAAAAGGAUAUCCCUGAAAAAGAUGCCCAGAAGAAUGGUCCUUGCUGAUGGUCCCCAUCUGAAACAGGACACAUCUCACCUCGUGUUCACUGGAUGGACUUCAAGCCCGCACCAACUCAAACACAAACUUUUUGAGCAGAGACAUACAUGCAGCCCACGGCACUCCCCAGACUCCCUCCCCUGGUGUUCACUUCCUCCUAAUAUUUGUGCAUUUGUUCUGCUAUCUUUUAUGCCUAAUGACCCUUAUCAUUGGCAGGUAGUCUCAAAGGCCUAAUUGGAAAUCUUUAGCAGCGGAGGAAAGGCCCAGAAAGAGGCUGCGCUUAGGGUUGUGAAAUCCCUCCCUGCUAGUUUGACACUCAGAGUACCUAAGAGAAAACCGGAGUCCUCCUGCUCCCCAGGAGUACAACCCCACCUUGGCUAGCUUCUUCUUCCUCAUCAGCUCUAUCCUAAAGUGGUGAGUUUCCUUAAACUCCUGGGAUUUCUUGCUCUUAAGCAGGGAAAUAAACCCUAGUUGAAGUCCAAACACUAACAACUCCCAUUUACCCUAUACUUUGAAGUUUCAAAAGGGCUCUUCUCCCAAUAAUCUCAUAAAAUAAAACAUGUAUCU